UGGUGGUGGUGGUGGUGGUGGCGGCGGUGGUGGCGAUCGUGGUGGAGAAGAAGGAGAAGAAAUAAGGCUCGCGAAGGAUCGCGGUAGCCAGGAUAUAAUAGAUAGUAGAAUAGAAUGCUAGUCUUCCCGGGCGGCGGUGUCGAUGUCGGCGUCGUCGUCGCCGUCGCGACGGCGACUUCAUCGAGGACGAUGGAAUCGUUGGUAUCAGUGUCGGGUAAACAGAUACGUUUGUUUUUGACGAUUUUGAUGAUCUUGGUACCGCGAUUGCCGUCCGCGGGUUCAACGCCGGCCGAUAUAGUGCAGAGGUUUCAUGACAGCGAAGUCGAGCGUAUGAAUCAUUUAGUGGUUGACAAAAACACCGGUAGGGUUUACGUUGGUGCAGUUAAUCGUUUGUAUCAACUAUCGCCGGACUUAAAUCCGGUUGUUAAGGUUGUGACAGGACCGCAAGGUGACUCGACGGUCUGCUCGAUGAUCGACUGUCCCCAGGAGACUCAAAAGAAACCGGUGGACAACGUGAACAAGGCACUGGUGAUAGAUUAUACGACGACGCGUUUAAUAUCAUGCGGGAUAUUGUUUCAAGGAAUGUGUACCGUACGUAAUCUUCACAAUAUUUCGGACGUUGUACAGGAGGUACGCGAGGCAGUAGUCGCGAACAAUCCAACGGCCUCUACGGUUGCUUUCAUAGCCCCUGGACCGCCAAAUCCACCGGUAUCGCAGGUCAUGUACGUCGGGGUUACUUUCACCGGUAAUUCACCUUAUAGAUCGGAAGUACCUGCCGUUAGUUCGAGGUCAUUGGACAAGGACAAGAUGUUGAACAUAGCCGAAGCUGCGGUCACGACCGGCACAAGGAUGUACGUUAAUUCGCUCUCGCGCGAACGUUAUCCGAUAAAUUACAUCUACGGAUUCAGCAGUGGCGGCUUCAGUUAUUUUCUGACUACCCAAAUGAAAAACACCGAUACCGCGAUCUACAUAUCGAAGCUCGUUCGCGUUUGCCACGACGACGAGCAUUAUUAUUCUUAUUCGGAGAUACCGAUCAACUGUACCAGCGACGUUAAGAUCUAUAAUCUGGUACAGGCCGCUUACGUCGGUAAAGCUGGUUCCGUUUUGGCCGGCGAUCUUGGUAUAACAGCGCAGGACGAUGUCCUAUUCGCCGUUUUCGCUGAGGGCAACGUAACGAGCAGCGACGUACCUAAACCCGUCUCGGCUCUCUGCGUUUAUUCUCUCAAAGCCAUAAGGAGGAAGUUCAUGACCAAUAUACAGAAGUGUUUCACCGGCGAGGGACAACGCGGCUUGGAGUUUAUCUCGCCGAGUCACAAGUGCAUAUCAACGAAAUUACAAACUAUCGGCGAGGAUUUUUGCGGUUUGGACGUGAACACUCCUCUCGGUGGCGAAGAUCCAAUCGCUGCAUUUCCGGUUUUAACUUUCGACACUCUCCUCACGGCAGUAGCUGCUACGUCCACUGGUGAUUACACCGUCGUCUUCCUUGGAACUAACAAGGGCCAUCUUAAAAAGGUGGUGGUGGAAAGUUCGAGUUUAGCCCUUGAGUAUGGCGACCUAGCGAUCGACCCUGAUUCACCCGUGAACCCGGACUUGCUCUUCGACUCGCAACUGAUGCACCUGUACGUACUCACGAGGCAGACAGUCUCGAAGGUCAAAGUGCAAGAGUGUUCGGUUUACAAGACUUGCUGGGAUUGCUUGGGUGCUAAGGAUCCUUACUGCGGUUGGUGUUCCUUGGAAAAUAAGUGCAAUUUACGAAGCGACUGUCAAGACGCCGCUAAGGAUCCACUUUAUUGGAUACCUUACAAAAGUGGUAGAUGUACUACAAUAACAUCGGUAACACCGGAUCAACUUCAACGUACUACAGCAAGAACUUUGGAAUUGGUUAUCGAUAAUCUUCCAACAUUGUCGGGACAAUUUCUUUGUGCAUUCUCAGCAUUGGAUAAGACACUGAUAACUAAUGCAUCGAGAAAACCGUAUGGAGUUAAUUGCACAACACCAAGAACCGAUCUUUUACCAUCCAUACCACCUGGCAAACAUCAUUUUACCGCAAAACUCUCAGUCCGUAUGACCAACGGGCCAGAUCUCGUUGCAACCGAUUUCACCUUUUUCGAUUGCAACACGUACAGCUCUUGCACCCAAUGCGUAUCCUCGGAUUUCCCUUGCGACUGGUGCGUGGACGGACACAGAUGUACACACGAUACGGCUGAAAAUUGUCGUAACGAUAUACUCGUCACUGGUGUCAACCGAAUGGGUCCGAGUUAUAGAAGUGGACCAGGCUUUUGUCCGACUAUCAAUUCUACGGAUUCGCAAGAGAUCCUUGUGUCUUCUGGUAUUAAGAAAGCAAUACGAGUGAAAGUGCAUAUCAUAGGGCAAUUCAUCAUACAAACACGAUUCGUCUGUCAGUUCAAUAUCGAGGGUCGUGUGACCAGUGUAAACGCGAGACUUUUGGCUGACACAAUCUACUGCGAUGAGACAGAAUUUUCUUACACGUCUCGUGCACCGAAUAUCACUGUACCAUUCGCAGUAAUCUGGGGUGGCUCGAAACCUUUGGAUAAUCCGGACAAUAUCCACUUGGUGAUAUACAGAUGUCGUGAUAUGGCGGACAACUGUGGUAUGUGUUUAGCUCUGGCACAGAAAUAUGGCUGCGGAUGGUGUCAGAGUUCGGAUAAAUGCGAGGUCAAGGAUCAGUGCGAUCGUGGUUCAGGUCCGUGGCUGGAUAGAAAUCAAACUUGUCCAAAUCCAGAGAUACAUAAGUUCGAACCACAAAUGGGACCAUGGGAGGGUAACACCAAUAUCACGAUAAGUGGUAUAAAUCUUGGCAAAACGUUCAAGGACAUCUACGGUGGAGUGACGGUAGCAGGAAUAGUAUGUCAACCGUAUUUCGAACUAUACAUUCGUACGAAACAGAUAGUUUGUCGCGUCGAUGGUCCGGGUGACUUAAAAGAUAGACGUGGUCCUGUGAUCGUCAAGAUCGAAAAUUUCCAUGGUCAAUCGGAGACCGACUACGAGUUCGUAGAUCCAAAAAUAAUUUCUAUAUCACCUAAAUAUGGGCCAUUGAGCGGUGGAACGGUAAUCAAAAUAACUGGACAAUAUAUGAACGCUGGUAGCAAGAUUCGUGCUUACAUCGACAAGCUUCCUUGUUCGAUAAUAAGCGCGGAACCUAACGAAGCCCUUUGCGUGACCAGUGCCAGCGACAGGAAGAGAAGCGGCACGUUGAACAUGACCUUUGACGGUGGUCAUCGUCUUUACGAUGGUUUCUUCGAGUACGUAGAUGAUCCAACGAUCAAAAGCGUGGAGAGCGGUGUGGCAGGUCAGGUAAAGAUACCCAAGGGUAUACCAGCCGGUGGUAUAAAGAUCUCGGUAACUGGAAAAAAUCUGGGGUACAUUCAGAGCCCGCAAAUGUACGUCUAUUACGACGAGAAGAUGUUCGUGUCGGAAUGCAAGGUGAUCAGUCAGGAAAGUAUGAUAUGCAAGUCACCUACGAUCGAAGUCCCUGAAAACGUGAUGCUCGAUGCUGAGAAACCUCACCCGUUGGAAUACGGUUUUCGAAUGGAUAACGUAACCGGCGUACAGAAUCUCACACUGCACGGUUUCAAUGCAUUCCUACUCUAUCCAAAUCCGAUUUACGAUGUCUUCGAUGAGGAGGUGAAGUACUACAAGAGUGAUUACCUGACGAUCAACGGUCAACAUCUGGAUCGAGCUUGUCAAGAGUCCGACGUGGUCGUACAAAUUGGUAAUGCCUUCUGCAACGUAACCUCCUUGUCAAGGCAACAAUUGACCUGUCGGCCACCAUUGACCCAACCACCGGCACUAGAUUCCGAAGGACUUCCUAACAAGCAAGAAUUGCCAGAGGUGAUAGUGAUCGUAGGCGGUACGCUUCGUUAUACAAUUGGAAAGCUCAGUUACGCUUUACCAGCUGGCUUGAAUGGUCCGUUAUCGAAGCCAGCGCUUAUCGGUGUAAUAGCCGCUAUUGUUAUAUUAGUAUUCGUCUUCAUCGCAUUCCUUAUAGCUUAUAGACGAAAAUCAACGGAAAGUAACAGAGUAUUGAAGAACAUGCAAGAACAAAUGGACAUCUUAGAAUUACGCGUAGCUGCCGAAUGCAAAGAGGCUUUCGCCGAAUUACAAACGGAGAUGACCGAUCUUACCGGUGAUUUAACGAGCGGUGGUAUACCGUUCCUCGAUUAUCGCACUUAUGCGAUGAUGAUACUCUUCCCAAGUGACGACAAUAGUCCGGUACUUCAAUGGGACAGACCUGAGUUGGCACGCAAAGAGAAAGGUUUGCGUUUGUUUGGUCAAUUGAUCAUGAACAAAACCUUUCUCUUACUUUUCGUUAGAACAUUGGAAAGUAAUCGUUACUUCUCGAUGAGGGACCGAGUCAACGUGGCCAGUCUCAUCAUGGUUACUCUUCAAAGCAAGAUGGAAUAUUGCACGGAUAUUCUAAAAACACUUUUAGCCGAUCUAAUCGAGAAGUGUACGGAAGGAAAGAGUCAUCCGAAAUUGUUUUUGAGAAGAACGGAAAGCGUCGCAGAGAAAAUGUUGUCAGCUUGGUUCACCUUCCUACUGUACAAAUUUAUGCGCGAGUGUGCUGGCGAGCCAUUGUACGUACUCUUCAGAGCAGUAAAACAGCAGGUCGACAAAGGUCCGGUUGAUGCGAUCACGUCCGAGGCACGUUACUCCUUGUCCGAAGAGAAAUUGAUCAGACAGUCUAUCGACUUUAAACCGAUGACCGUUUACGUCUCCAUAUCGCAACAAACUGCUUACGUCGGUGGAAUCGAUCCAAAUACGGAGAACGUACCUGUUAAGGUUCUCGACUGCGACACGAUAUCUCAAGUUAAGGAGAAGGCAUUGGAUACCAUUUACAGAGCUACGCCUUACAGCCAAAGACCCAGGAAGGAUGAUUUAGAUCUUGAAUGGCGAACCGGAGCAUCUGGUAGAUUGAUCCUUUAUGACGAGGACACAACAACAAAGACGGAAGGAGAAUGGAAAAAACGAAAUACUUUGAAUCAUUACAGGGUACCGGACUCAGCCUCGCUAAAUUUAGUAUCUAAGCAAUCCUCCAUCUACAAUCUAUCGAUCUUAUCUGAAAAAACAGACAAAUCUCACAAAUACGAGACAUUGAAUCUGAGUAAAUUCAGUUCGGCCAGUCCGCCAUUGUCACGUGCGACAUCGCCAUUGAAUCAAAAUCACGACGGCGGUAUGAAAUGUUGGCAUCUUGUUAAACAUCACGAUACGGAUGCUAGGAAAGAGGGUGAUCGUGGUAACAAAAUGGUCUCUGAAAUCUAUCUAACGAGGUUACUCGCUACCAAGGGUACACUUCAAAAAUUCGUCGACGAUUUAUUCGAGACAAUAUUUAGCACUGCCCAUCGAGGUUCGGCGCUUCCUCUUGCUAUUAAAUAUAUGUUCGACUUUAUGGACGACCAAGCGCUACAACAUGGCAUAUCCGACCCCGAAGUGGUCCAUACAUGGAAAAGUAAUUCGUUGCCCCUAAGGUUUUGGGUUAAUCUUAUUAAAAAUCCAAAUUUCAUCUUCGACAUACACAAGUCGAAUAUCGUCGACUCGUGUCUAUCCGUCGUGGCACAGACGUUCAUGGAUAGUUGUUCCACGUCGGAUCAUAGAUUAGGUAAGGACUCACCGAGUUCGAAGUUGCUUUAUGCGAAAGACAUUCCAGUGUACAAAGAAUGGGUAGAACGUUACUACUCGGAUAUCAAAGUCAUGCCAGCCAUAUCCGAUCAAGACAUGAACGCUAUGCUUGCCGAAGAAUCGAGGUUACAUACAACGGAAUUCAACACGAAUUGUGCCCUAUACGAACUUUACACAUACGCGGGUAAAUACAACGAACAGCUGAUAGUUACUUUGGAGGAGGACGAAUUUUCGCAGAAGCAAAGAUUAGCGUACAAACUCGAGCAGGUCCAUAACAUAAUGGCGGCGGACAACCCCUGAUGUACCAUGAACUCGAUGAAGCAUACGUCGAAGCCCGCUCGUCAGGAGUUACCUUGCUGAACGCGCACGAAAUGAUUAGCCGAGUGUUUCUCCUAAGAGAACAAGAAAGAAAUAAAGGAAGAAAGGAAGAAGAGAAGAAAAGAAGUAGAGAAAAAACGAAAGAGAAAUAAAAUAAAG